GAAACCGAUAACAAAGUGAGCCCACCUCCUAAAGAGGAUCCAAAAGACGAGAAAAAGGAUGAAGAGCAAAUGAAGACUGCAAAAUCAGCCAGUCUCCGCAAAGGAAGUGCCAAACGCUCGAAAAAGUCAUCUGGGAGCAGUAAGAGCAGCAAGAAGACCCGUUCACGGCUCUCGAUUCGUCGUACCUUGCGGGAUGAUCCGGAGAAGGAGAUGAAGGCCACUCUCCUAACCUUCCAAGCUGUCAAAGGCAAGCCUGAACAAGCCCGUGUGCAGCUCCUCCUCUGCAACAUCUCCGACCGUGACAUCUUCGUCAAACUCCGUUGUAGCGCCGCUUCCAACGUCAACGCCCUCCCCGCCGGCUCCGGACACAUCGCCCCAAAAUCGCAAAUGCGUAUUCUGCUCACUUGGAAGAUGCCAGAGGGAUUCACUCAAUGGAAGGACCUGCGUAUGCCGAAACUGCUGCUAACCACGUAUUUCUUGCAAUCCGGAGAGAAAUCCGUGGAUGAGGCACCGACCAACACUCGUCUCAUGGCUCGUGUCAGCACUUCGAAGCAGUGUGAUCCGGAUACUCCACCGAUUGAGCAACUGCUUCUAGACGCUGUUGGCAAGGAUACUGGGGUUACUCCAGCCCCUACAACCAGCCCCAACACUGCUGUGCCUACAACUACAACUCCUACAGAGCCCACGCCAGCGUUUAAAACCGUGAAAAAAGACGAGCAAAAAGAGGAGGAGGAAGUGGACAACUUGAGAUGGAUCAUUAUUGUGCUUAUCAUGAUUAUUGUCCUCCUUUUGCUUCAGAAAUAG